AACUUGCAUCUGCCGCUUUUUCAGACCUUAACAUGACGGUUGAACGACGGGUCGAAGGGAACCGGUGGUGGAUCGGCACCCUCGCAUGCACCCCCCACCUCUUCUACAACGAUCGUGAAAGUGAGGGGGUUGGUAGUACACGGCCGUCGACGUUAGUCAACGGUCGUUUUCAUUGACAGUUGCCCGUGUGUGAAUACGAUACAGUGAGUAUAACGAGGAUGCGGAAUUUCUCGAGAUAAAGACAGGAGGGUAAAGGCGCGUUUUAUAAAAAAACGGUUUAGUAAAGAAGAAGAAGCUGAACGAUAAAAGGACCAUUAGUGUGCCCUCACGAGAGAGAAAUAUUUCAAAACGCUAGCGCUUGAUAACGAAGCUGAUAUAACAGAUAAACGACCUGAGGUUAAGGGAACUUCAAGCACUCGUUUCUACACAAGGACAAAGUUGUGUAGAUGAGAAUUAAGUCGGGACAUAAUGAAGAGAUACUCAUCGGCACCUUGUUUGGAAGACGUAGGUAACGACGCUAAAAGAACAAAGGCAGCUGAGCAGCGCGCAAAUCCAAAUACAAGGGAAUAUCUCCAGUUGGCUUUAGCCAGAGUCCUAGAAUUACAACGAGAAAUCGAGGAAGGCACAUACAUCACAGAAAUCGAUCAUAGCAGUGGUAAUCUGGACGUAUCAGGAAAUGAAGAAGAUUUAACAAAGGAAAUUCUUGCCAAAGUAUUCCAAGAUCUACCUGGGACAUCCAAUUCGGUUGCUAAGAUAGUAGACAGAGAAGCACUCUGGAGGAGUCGUCGUAUGGACACGAUCCGCAGUAAGAGAAUACAAUUACUGGGUUUCGAUACUUGUCGCAGGAUGACCCUCGAAUUCAUGAAGACGGUAGCGCGAGAGACACGAGAUAGAUUCUCGUCCGCAGAAGUCGGUCACUACGAUUUGCCUAUAUUGCGAGACGAAACGCUUCAUUCGAGAAACGACAAUUUAGCGGACGAUUUGCAAGAGUCCAGCUCGAUCAAUGCGCAAGAAAUUCGAACAAGAAUGUUGAAAAGUUUGGAUUUGCAUUUAGCUGCCAAACAGAGGGACUAUACGGCCAAAUUAAUGAGAUCGGCUAUAUAGCUCGAUGUAUGACACUCAAAAGCAACUAAAAAAUAAUACAUUUUUAUUUCUUUAUUAGAUAUUUUAACAUAUUUAUAUCUCUGUUUAUUUUGGAUAAAAUGAAAAAAGGGGAAUCUAUUUGAUUUAUUUAUCUCUGAAUUAUAUUCUACUGACUGUCGCACUUUCAUUGCGUUAUUAAUGCAAUGAAAAUUUAUUGCAUGAUAUAUUUUAUCGGGAAUAUUAUAUAUUCAUUUGGAUAUUAUAGGUAUUUUCUCAUACGUGGCAAAUAAUUUUAUUAAAUGAGUAUUUUUUUAAAUAAAUUUCUCAGAAAUAUUGACAGUUUUGUGGGGGAUAUAUAUAAAGCAAAUAUUAUAAAUAUUAUAAAUAUCAGUCCAAAUCAGUUCAAAUUUAUAAUGUAGAUUA